AUGGACAACGAUAGCAACAACAAUAACAACAACCACACAGAUAUCAACAUACCAGCACCAGCAAAGAUGCAUUCGAAGAAUUCGGUUCAAAUUGAACUUGAACCGAUGGAAUUCCGAGAGCCUUCUCCUUUAUUACAACAGACGUCUAUUCCCAGCUCUCAAGGAGAUGAUAUUCCCAAAGAGGAACAAGAAGAAGAUGUUGACCCGAAGUUGGCGCAAAGGGUAAAACGAAAGCUUGACUUUUACAUCUUGCCUCUCAUGUCUAGUGUCUACUUCUUCGCUACAAUGGGAAAAUCGGAUCUCGGCAACGCCAAGGUAGCUGGUCUAUCUGAUGAAUUGAAACUUAGUCCCGGUGACUAUUCGAAUGCGGGAACCGUGUUCCUAGUCGCGACAAUAAUCUUUCAGCUCCCGGGUACUCUUCUAAUCAAGAAGAUCCAGCCGAACAGACAGUUUAGUGGUGCCAUGUUGACGUGGGGAUUCGUAACUGUGAUGACAGUUUUGAUCAAGAACAAUACCCAACUCCUCGCUCUGCGGUUCCUCAUAGGAGCAGCUGAAGCGUUCGUCCAGGGUGGUACUUUCUAUCUCUCUUUCUGGUACCAAUACUCCGAAUUUGCUACCCGAGGUGCCGUCGUAGCGUCUAUGAGCACCAUAGCUGGAGCAUUCAAUGGUCUGAUCGGAUACGCUAUCACAAAGGACUUAGACGGAGUUAAUGGAUGGAGGGCGUGGCGAUGGAUUUUCCUUAUCGAGGGUAUCGUACCCAUCGCGUGCUCUUUCGUCGUCUUAUUCCUCCUACCUAGCAGCCCGUCUAGCCUUAAGUGGGGUUUCAGUGAAGCCGAGAAGCAGCACAUCAUCCGACGAAGCGCACGAUCCCACAACACGUCCGAGCCUAGUGUGAAGUUCAAUCAGAUCUGGAAAGUAUUGCUAGACCUUCAUUUCUGGCUUUUCAUCCUCGUCAGCUGCGGAGGUGCAUUUUGCUCAUCGUCGCUAUCCAACUUCCUGCCUGAUAUCAUCGCUGGCUUCGGAUACAGUGACGUUAAUGCGCAACUUUUCAGUACUAUAGUUUACGCAUGCGGGUGUGUUGGAAUCCUCUUUUUCAGCAGGAUUGCGGAUAAGACGAAUGCUCGAGGACUCGUACUUGCGGCAUCCACUGUUGGCGCUGUAAUUGGCUACGCUGUAUUGAUCUGGGUAACAAACCGCAAUGUCCGAUUCGCUGCAACUUGCCUCGUUGCAUUUUCUGUGUUUCCCAAUAGCGUGUUACAAUUGACAUGGGCUGCUAUGUCUUUCGUCGGAUACACUCGAAGAGGAUCCGUACUCGCAUUCUUUAACAUAUUCCCUCAUCUAUUCGCUAUUUCGGGAACUCAGGCCUACCAAGACCCCCCUUACUAUAGCAUCGGUAACGGUGUAGCUCUUGCUAUGUCCAUCAUGAUGUUCCUUUCGUCGUUAGGUCUCAGGUGGUAUCUCGGCUUUUUGAACAACAAGAAGCGUGCGAAUCAGUUUUCAGAUGAAGCCAAUGAACUAAGGAAGAAGAGCAUAGAAGAGCUUGGUGAUCACCACCCAGACUUUUACUACACACUCUAAGCUGUUAAUAUUACGGCAUGUAAAUAUACUUACUGGCACGACUGUUGAAGCGAAUGUUAUGGUUAUGGUAUUAGGUUAAUUCAUGGAGCUCAAACCCGAUGCUCCGCGGCAUCUGGGAAUUUAUUUUGUAAAGAAAUCAUGAUUGUAUUUUGCAUUGGUUCGGAAGGCAUAUGCCCUAAUUCAGGAUAAAGCG